CCUGCCUGUUGCUGCUGCUGCUGGAGGAGAGGCUUUGCGCUCACACCUACAUUCAACAGGCACCGGAGGAUACUUCUUAUAUGUACAGUUUCACUGCGUUGUUAUUCUCUGCUGAAAAGUGCGGAGUGGUUGGAGACAACACUCUACGGAUCUGGGAAGGAGUUUUUUUUUAGGAAUGGUGAUGUGAUUAAGUUGCGCGCUAUGGUGCACAUUUGCAAAUCCUAUCCCACCAUUCUAGCUUUGAACCUCAGUAGGUAGAUUGGACUCGUGAAACCACCAAAGCAGUGACUAUAUUCGGGGAAAGGAGAAGAGGAUGGCGGCACCACAUAACGGAUCCAACAUAACGGCAAACUACACCAACCAGUUUGUGCAGCCGCCGUGGCGCGUCGCUCUCUGGUCCAUAGCCUACAGCUUGGUACUGGCGGUGGCGGUCUUUGGAAACCUCAUUGUGAUAUGGAUCAUUCUUGCUCACAAGCGCAUGAGGACGGUGACGAACUACUUUCUAUUAAACUUGGCAUUUUCGGACGCUUCAAUGGCCGCGUUUAAUACUUUGAUAAACUUUAUCUACGCUGCUCAUGGGGAGUGGUACUUCGGGGAAGCGUACUGCAAAUUCCACAACUUCUUUCCGGUCACAUCUGUGUUUGCAAGCAUCUACUCCAUGACUGCGAUAGCUGUGGACAGGUACAUGGCCAUCAUCCAUCCCCUGAAGCCUCGACUGUCUGCGAAAGCCACCACAGGGAUCAUCGUCUGUAUCUGGAGUCUGGCCGUGGUUCUGGCCUUCCCUCUCUGCUACUUCUCCACCAUCCGAACUCUACCCCGCAGGACCCUCUGCUAUGUGGCCUGGCCCCGCAUGGCUGACGACCCCUUCAUGUAUCAUAUCAUAGUCACAGUUCUGGUGUAUGUGCUACCUUUAGUGGUCAUGGGCAUCACUUACACCAUUGUGGGCGUGACUCUGUGGGGAGGGGAGAUCCCAGGAGACUCAUCUGAUAACUAUCAUGGACAGCUAAGGGCUAAAAGGAAGGUGGUGAAGAUGAUGAUCAUCGUAGUGGUGACCUUUGCCCUCUGCUGGCUGCCCUAUCAUGUCUACUUCAUUGUGACGGGUCUCAACAAGCUUCUGAACAAGUGGAAAUACAUCCAGCAGGUUUACCUGUCAGUGCUGUGGCUGGCAAUGAGCUCCACCAUGUACAACCCCAUAAUCUACUGCUGCCUCAACAGCAGGUUUCGAGCUGGCUUCAAGCGAGCUUUUCGUUGGUGCCCAUUCAUCAAGGUUUCCAGCUACGACGAGUUGGAACUCCAGUCUACACGGCUGCACCCAACACGCCAGAGCAGCAUGUACACACUGUCACGAAUGGAUACCACCAUGGUGGUGGUUUACGACCCUGCCGAAGGCGAUGGUGGUGCUGGUGGUGGCUCUGGAAGGAAGCACUCCCUGUCCGCUAGGAAGAAAAGCUACGUCACGUCUCGCCACACGGAGAUCAUUGGGUGCAACAGUGGCAGCACGAAAGCACAAAAUGGAGGGGCUCCAAACGCUCAACCUGAAGAGUUCUCUUGAAGGGUGUUCUCAUAGACUUACACACAGACAUAUGCAUGUAAGAAAUGUAUUCACAUGCAUAAUACACUGUAUGUACAAAUCGUGCACAGAUGUUUGCUUAAUUUAGAUGUAGAAGCAUUGUGUCAAGGUGGAAGUGGUUACUUUAACUUGCAGAGUUAGAAUGACCAAAUUGAUAUAGAGAUUAUUUUGUAUUUUACAUUGAUGGAUAAUAUACAUUUUUUUAUAUACUCUGGAGCAUGGAUGGAUUACUGAGCGGGCUUACCAGGCAAAUGAAUGUUACAAGCAGUUUUCAUUAAAAAGUCACACAGCUCAGUAGGGAUUUCCCUAUUACUUUUUUUUUUGGCUCCUGAAUCUUUAAUAUAUAGUGAACAGAGAUUAAGUGAAGCAAUUCAAGUAUGUUUGAGUAUUCCAAAAUUUCCAAUAAGAUUUGUGUAUUAUCCUAAAGUAUCAGCAGUGUCAGUGUGUCUGAAACCGAGGUAUGACUCGCCUUACUCUGCCUCUGAUUGGCUUGUACUUGUUGCCUUUGUUGGUUAGGUUGGUUAUGUUUAGGCAUGAGGAGGGAGAUAAAGGUUAGAGUAAAAAUGUCAGGGCAAGCCAGUCAGAGGCAGAGUAGGACAGAUCAUGCGUGCACCAUGCUUGGAAAAGAAAAACAUAUCGUUUAAUGUCCAGGCCUCACUUUAUAACGUUAUUCACUGAUAUGGAUGAAACUGGAUUACAUUUUAUUGAGAAAAUAUUUUCUGGUUUUAGUCCUCUGGUUGCUCAGCUACAACUCUUGGUGAUUUUGUUUUCUUGAUAGACAGAUAGUAGCUGUCGUUGGUUGGCACUGGAACCAGGCUCAGCAGCCUCCCAGUGAAGACCAGGAGAUUUACGGAGUUUAACUGCUGACUGUAGUGUCGUUAGCCGAGUCAGCUAGCUGCAUGGCUAACCAAGCUGAUUUGCCAAUGCAUUGUACUGUAUUCCCUGUAUGUCUCAGAGAUUGUGUUCAGUCCCGGUCUGGCCAUGUUCCCAGACAGGGCUGGACCUAGAAGUGGAGCUGGACAAGGUCAAGCUCUUCAGUGAGAAGCCUCUCCUCCGCACCUCCAAUAUAAACAAACUGAAGUUCAGGAUUUGUUCUUAACCAACAGCAUAGCUGUAGAGUUCAGGUUAACCUGCAAAAUAACCCAGAAAAAGAUGCAAAACGCCCCCUAGUGACUGGGGAUUGGGUGGGUGGUACUGUGCCCAGGGGCCCGUUGUCUCAUAAUCUAUCCAUGCUCAGGAGCAGCCUUAACAACAUACGAGGUGAACAAUGCUUACCUUGUGCAUGAUCAUCUAAAGUCCAGGCACUUUGCCUUUGAGGGGCACAUUCAGGUUUUUGCCUUAUCCAAUCAUCGUCCCUCUGCAUUAAUGAAAUACUGUAAGUAGCUGUUCCAUAUUCUUCAGCCAAACAUUCAGCUCUGACUGAGAUUAGGAUAGAAACACAUUGCACUGCUGUUUUGCUAAGGUCUCACGCCAAGAGUUAGAAUGAUUUAUAAUGAAUCAGUUCUGCUUAGAGAUUCACUAUUAGAAUAAAUGUUAGGAUGGUAAGACAAUCUCACAAUAGAGAUAAUCUAAAAAUGUGUCAUGGUGAUUGUAAUUGUGUAAGUAUAGUUAAAUUUCAAUUUGUAAGUAUUAACUGUGAGCUUUAUCUUCUAGAGGGUGCACUCUAUUUCCCCCCUGAAGUCACAAAGUUACCAAUGGAAUUAGUUAUUGAUUGAACUCUGGCACUAUAUGUGGCUCUGACUUUGGCUCUGAAAGUACUGAAACUGAGUUUGGCUUUUGGUUAUGUAACAUGUAAGGAACAUGUUUUCUGACAACUGGCAACAGGCCAGAGGCAAAAUCCAUACAUACAUUUGUAGCAUGUCAAUAAACAGGCCGCUGGAGAAUGGCAGGCUGAAAGUGAACUAACCAACUAGGAGUUAGUGGAUCAAUUAUACACUUUUUACAUUUUUAACUAAACAUACAGAAUGCUGCACAGUGAAGUGUGGCAAACCUUUCAUGUUACUGUUCUGUUAAAGUUUUUUAAAUGCCUCCACACAAUGUGUCAUCAAAAGCAGGACAGUUGUCGUCAUUUGCAGUUCUUGGUGUUUCAGUAGUUUUUUGCAGCAUGCUGUUAUUCUGUGUUGCCUUUUAAUUUAAUUUCCUGCUUGUGUGCACAAGUGUGCAAACCGCACCAAGCAUUAUGCGCUAGCCUGUGCCAUGUUGGGUUUACAAUAAAAAAAGUGGAACCAUACUGUGACAAGUAUGAUUAUAUAAACCAUAGGAACAGUGGGUCCCCUCUGACUCACUACACAGCAACACCAACAUGACCAUGGACAACAGUGAGAAAACUGUUACUGGAUGUGUUUAUUAGUGUCACUGGUAGGAAUAAUUGUUUUGUUACUAGUGUUAUUGGUGUUUUGGGGGUUUUUUUUAUUCCACCAAACAGAUCAGAUACUGCAAAAUAUUUUUUAAAUAAUGUAUUGAGUGUCCUGUUAGUUGCAGUAAAAGCUGAAUUUUCACAGUUUGUGAUGGGAGGUUAAAGAUUCUGAGACAUUAAUUUUAUUAAGAUUAAAGUUCAAAGCUUCUAGAUUGACAAGCAAUUACAAACGGAAGACACAAUAUAAUUUUCCUUAAUUAUUCUUACCAACAGUUCUGAAUGUUCAGACUUCAUGAAAGUAUUUACUCAAGAAUGUGAAAAAAAUAUGUUGUGCAUUUCAGUGUCAUGUAUUUUUAAGCUGUUGUCUAAUCUUUAUAUUGAAGUUGGUUAAAUAUUUGUAUGUGGUAGUAUCAAGUUUUUUUCAAGUUUCUCUGUAAAACUUUAUGUGUUUUGUAUGAAUGUACAGUACAAUGUGUGCCUCUAUCUCUGUCAAGUGGUGAUCAAAUUAUUUGCUGUAUCUUUAAAGGAUAGCUAGUUAAUUUUCAUCCUGAGCCUCAUUUCUUUGUCCCUUACCCCACACAAUCAAUUGUGAUCACUUUACUUUGCAGGAAGCACUGCUUUCACCACUCUUACUGAAAGACAAGACUCAGGUUGAAAAUAACUUGUGUAAUCCUUUAAACAAAUAAUUAUGCUGUUAUUAUCGCUGAUGAUUAAUGUUAAUUUCAGAUGAGGAAUCGUAGAAACGCUUUGCUAUUGAUGAUAAGUGAAUUCAAUAUUGUAUUUCUUAUAGUAAGACCUUUGAUGGUUUUUCAUUACUCUGCAUUGGUCAGUAUGGAUCAUGUAUUUGCUUAAUGUAGCUUUAUUGCAACAGUCUUACUUACAGUAUCAUGAGUGUUUACAAGUGGCACAACAUGCUUGUGAUGAAAUGUAGCUGUGAAGUGUUGCAAAUGCAGUCAGAUUUUAGAGGAAAGAGGAAAAAAAAUAAACUGAGCAAUAGUUUUUGUUUUAUGUCAGAAACAAUGCAGGCUAUUGUAAUAGUCCGCAACUUUGAAAUAUCUCUUGUAUGUAUUCGAUCCUAUGGAAGAAAACUGCAUUCAUGAGAGAAUGAUGCAGUUAUCUUACACAACAUCUCAUAAUUACAACUAAAAUCUUUUUGUAAUUAUGUGUUUUCAUAAUUACAAAAUCUUUAUCUUUGUGUGAUAUACUUCCAUAUUGACCUCGACCCAGCUUAGUUAAACAUUUAACAUGUGUUGUUGUAAAUACUUAAAAACCCACAGCCACAUAUAAUCAUACAGGCUUGUUGCUAAAAGGAGAAAAUUUAAGUAAAAA